UGGAAGAGGAGGGAGUCUCCUCAAAGCUCCGCCUGGAUGGGGAGCCCAAGGCCGGCAUCCGGCGCCGGCGGAAGGGCCCCGGGAGGCACUGGGUCCCAGAGGCCCGGGCCAGCGUCCUGAGGGGAGUUCAGGACCCUUGGCAAGGGCCUUCAGUCCAGGUGGCCCCUGCAGAGGGCACAAAAGGAGCUCCUUUGGGCAGGGUCGCCAAGACUCCCGAGAGCAGGCCACUGGGGGAGAGCCGUGGGGGCUACUGCAUGUCUGAGGACAGUGACAUCAACAUCACCAGCGAGGAGGAGGACCGCAAGGAGCAGCCUCUCCCAGGACCCCGAGGCCCCAAAGACAAGGAAAAUGGUAGUAGCUGUGCACCCCGGGUUCCCCCGGAGAGCCGGGCAGCACCACCAGAGGGCCUUUGCUGCUACAUCUGCGGGUCAGCGCUGUCCCCAGCCUCGCAGCACCAGAUCCACGUGCAGAAACAGGAGAAGCUGGCCCAGGCCCCCUUCUUCCCCUUCCUAUGGCUGCACAGCCCGCCUCCGGGGGCACAGCCCAUCAGCGAGGGUGGUAGCACCCUGGUGUGCCCCUGCUGCUUCUCAUCCCUCAUGCAGCAAUGGCAGAGCUUCGAACUGGCCAGUGUGCCCGUCCUGCAGCGGCUCUACGUGGUGCCCCUGAACAGCCACGCCCCAGGCAUGGCCUCCAAGGGCAGGCGGCUCCUGAGGGAAGAAGGCCCACCCACUGGGUCCCUGCCGGAGGCCUGCUACCUCUGCGGGGAGGACUGCACCCAGGACGCCCGGGCCGUGGCCUCCAGGAGCCUCAACGGCAAUGCCAGGGCCUCCAUGCAUUUCCCCUUCCUCAGCCUCCUGCCCUGCCCACCCAAUGCCCAGGGCCUCAACAAGCGCUGUGAAGUCCGCAGCUGCCCCAAGUGCUUCAGCGUCCUGGAGGAUGUCUGGGCCCUAUACCGGGCUUGCCAGAAUGAGGAGCUCAUCACCUCAGUGCAGGGCUUCCUGGGCAGGUACCACCAGGCUUUCUCUGCCUCGGACCCUACUCUCUCCGAGCCGCCGUUGUUGGCCCAGGGCAGCCCAGCAUCGAUCUGUUACAUCUGUGGGGCUGAGCUGGGCCCCGGGAAGGAGUUCCAGCUCAACGUGAACCCGUCCAGCCGCUUGGGCGAGAAGGAGCCCUUCUUUCCCUUUCUCACCGUCUAUCCACCCGCCCCGCGUGCCAGGCCUGCCGACGCCACCGGCCUGGUGGCCACCUGUGUGCUCUGCUACCACGACCUGCUGGGCCAGUGGCUGCAGCACGAGGCCCGCGGUGCCCACCACGCCGUCAGCCCCUGGUCUCGGCAGUACCGCGUGGAGACAUUCGUGUGCUUCUUCUGCCAGCAGGAGAAGAAGCGGUGUCUCGGGCUGAAGGCCGUGCGGGUGGCCCGGCUGCCCUUGUUUCUCUACACCCUGCGAGCGAGCCACAGCCUGCUAGUGGAUGACGGGCGGCAGCUGGUCAUCGGUGCCUGCAUAGAGUGUGGGACCCUGGUGUGCGCUGGCCAGGGGCUCCCCCGCCAGGCACCCGUGGGCUGGAGCUCCCCAGUGGCAGCUGCGAGGAAGGUCACGUCUGCAUCUCUCGAGACGUCGACAGCCACCCACGCACCCGCCCGGGAGCCCGAGCCUUGGCCGGGUGCCCCAGCAGAGAGCCUGCCCAGGGGCCCCAGGGCCGGCCAGGAGCAGGGGCCAGCCCGGUGUCAGCAGAGCAGUCUGGACGGGGCCGGACCGGACCUCGCGGGCACAGGCAUGAGCCAUGAGCCCAAGUCCCCUUCGCUAGGGAUGCUCUCCACCGCGACCAGGACCACCGCCACCGUCAACCCCCUCACCCCCUCGCCGCUCAAUGGCGCCCUGGUGCCCAGCGGCAGCCCCGCCACCAGCAGCGCGCUGUCGGCCCAGGCCGCGCCUUCCUCCAGCUUCGCCGCCGCCCUGCGCAAGCUCGCCAAACAGGCGGAGGAGCCCAGAGGGUCUUCACUGAGCAGCGAGUCGUCCCCUGUCUCCUCUCCGGCCACCAACCACAGCUCCCCGGCCAGCACGCCCAAGCGCGUGCCCAUGGGUCCCAUCAUCGUCCCCCCGGGGGGACACAGCGUCCCCAGCACGCCCCCUGUGGUGACCAUCGCCCCCACCAAGACUGUCAAUGGCGUCUGGAGGAGUGAGAGCCGCCAGGAUGCUAGCUCCCGGGGCGGCAGCAGUGGCCGCGAGCGCCUCAUCGUGGAGCCCCCGCUGCCCCAGGAGAAGGCGGGGGGCCCGGCCAUCCCCUCGCACCUGCUCAGCACCCCCUACCCCUUCGGCAUCUCGCCCAGCUCGGUGGUGCAGGACUCCCGCUUCCCACCGCUGAACCUGCAGCGGCCUGUGCACCACGUGGUACCCCCCAGCACGGUGACCGAGGACUACCUGAGGAGCUUCCGGCCCUACCACACGACCGAGGACCUCCGCGUGUCCUCCCUGCCUCCGCUCGGCCUGGACCCGGCCACCGCCGCAGCCUACUAUCACCCCAGCUACCUGGCCCCGCACCCCUUCCCGCACCCGGCCUUCAGGAUGGAUGACUCCUACUGCCUGUCAGCCCUGCGGUCCCCCUUCUACCCCAUCCCUGCCCCUGGCUCCCUGCCCCCGCUGCACCCGUCGGCCAUGCACCUCCACCUCUCGGGUGUCCGCUACCCGCCCGAGCUCUCCCACUCGUCCCUGGCGGCGCUGCACUCAGAGCGGAUGUCCAGCCUGAGCGCCGAGAGGCUGCAGGUGGACGAGGAGCUGAGGCGGGAGAGGGAGCGCGAGCGCGAGCGGGAGGCCGACCGCGAGCGCGAGAAGGAGCGGGAGCGUGAACGCGAGAAGGAGCGCGAGCGCGAAAAGGAGCUGGAGCGCGAGAAGGAGCGUGAACUGGAGCGCCAGCGGGAACAGCGCGCCCGCGAGAAGGAGCUGCUGGCCGCCAAGGCACUGGAGCCGGCCUUCCUGCCCGUGGCCGAGCUGCACGCGCUGCGGAGCCACGCCGCCGAGGAGCGGGCCAAGCCCUCGGAGCAGCUCACCCCAACCCGCGCAGAGAAGCUGAAGGACGCGGGCCUGCAGGUGCCCAAGCCCGUGCAGCACCCCCUGCACCCGGCAGCCGCCCCGCCCCACACGGCUCCCGGCCUCCUCGCCGGCCACGGGCUCUUCUCGCUGCCGGGCAGCAGCGCGGCCACAGCCCUGCUCCUGCAGCGCACCAACGAGGAGGAGAAGUGGCUGGCGCGGCAGCGUCGCCUGCGGCAGGAGAAGGAGGACCGCCAGUCGCAGGUGUCCGAGUUCCGGCAGCAGGUGCUGGAGCAGCAGCUGGACCUGGGCCGGCCGCCGGCGCCCGCGGACCCGGAGCACCGGCCGGAGAGCGCCAGGCCAGGACCGAACCGCCACGAGCCGGGCAGCCGCGAGCCCCAACAGCACUUUGGCGGGCCCCCGCCCCUCAUCUCGCCCAAGCCCCAGCACCACUCGAUGCCCACGGCCCUCUGGAACCCCGUGUCCCUGAUGGACAGCUCGCUGGAGCCACGGCGCGCCCCCGAGAGCCACCCCCAACAUGGCCACCCCAGCCCGUUUGAGCCCAGCCGCCCGGCCGCUGUCCCGCUGGUGAAAGUGGAGAGGGCCUACUGCCCGGAGAAGGCGGAGGAGGGGCCCCGCAAGCGCGAGGCCAUCCCCCUGGACAAGCACCCGCCGCCGCCCCGGGAGCCAGGGGCCCUAGAACCACAGGCCUUCCCCCCGGGGCCCGGGCCCUUCCUGGCGGAGCUUGAGCCAGCCACCCCGACUGUCUUGGGCCAGCCCCGGGCCUCGCUUGCCCCGCCGGCCACCUUCGGGGAGCCCCCCGGACCCCUGAAGCCGGCCUCACCCUACCGGCCCCCGCUGCCUCGGGGCCCCGACCCGGCCUACGUCUACGAUGAGUUCCUGCAGCAGCGCCGGAGGCUGGUCAGCAAGCUGGACCUGGAGGAGCGCCGGCGGCGGGAGGCCCAGGAAAAAGGAUACUACUACGACCUGGACGACUCCUACGACGAGAGCGAUGAAGAGGAGGUCAGGGCCCACCUCCGCUGCGUGGCCGAGCAGCCGCCCCUCAAACUGGACACAUCCUCCGAGAAGCUAGAGUUUUUGCAACUUUUUGGCUUGACCACCCAACAGCAGAAGGAGGACUUGCUGACCCAGAAGCGGAGGAAACGCCGGCGGAUGCUGAGAGAGCGCAGCCCGUCACCCCCGACGGCGCGGAGCAAACGGCGGACGCCUUCGCCCAGACUGGCGCUGUCCACCCGCUACAGCCCCGACGACAUGAACAGCAGCCCCAACUUCGAGGAGAAGAAAAAGUUCCUGACCAUCUUCAACCUGACCCAUAUCAGCGCCGAGAAGAGGAAAGACAGAGAGAGGCUUGUUGAGCUGCUCCAGGCCAUGAAGCAGAAGGCGCUGUCCGCCGCAGUGGCAGACCCGCUCAGGAGCUCUCCGAGGGACAGUCCUGCCGUGUCCCUGAGCGAACCCACCACGCAGCAAGCCUGCCUGGACACGGAGAAGCCUGUGGGCAUUGCCGCCUCCUUGUCCGACGUCCCAAAGGCCACAGAACCUGGGAGGCUAGGACAGCUCCGGCCCCCGGAGCGCAUCCAGGAGCCAGCCCCCGCCGGCGCUGAGAAGGCCAGGCCGAGUGAGGCCCCUGGGGGCAAGAAGAACUUGAGCAUGCUCCACCACGUCCGGGGCCCUGCGCCCAAGGACAUCCCCGUGCCGCUGUCGCACAGCAUCAACGGAAAGAGCAAGCCAUGGGAGCCCUUUGUGGCGGAAGAGUUCGCGCACCAGUUCCACGAGUCCGUCCUGCAGUCUACCCAGAAGGCCCUGCAGAAGCACAAAGGAAGCGCAGCCGUGCUGUCGGCGGAGCAGAACCACAAGGUUGACGCGUCCGUCCACUACAACCUCCCCGAGUUGCAGUCCUCCAGCCGCCUGCCUGCGCCCCAGCACAACGGGCAGCAGGAACCCCCCGCCAGCAGGAAGGGCCCCCUGGUGCAGGAGAUGGACCCGGAGGAGGAGGAGGAGGAGGAGGACGGAGAGGACGACGACGAGGACCCCCCCCGGCGCAAGUGGCAGGGGAUCGAGGCCAUUUUGGAAGCUUACCAGGAACACGUGGAAGAGCAAGAUCUGGAGCGGCAGGUGCUGCAGGCGCAGUGCAGGCGGCUGGAGGCGCAGCAUUACAGUCUCACCCUCACGGCCGAGCAGCUCUCCCACAGCAUGGCGGAGCUGAGGAGCCAGAAGCAGAAGAUCGUUUCAGAACGGGAGCGGCUCCAGGCAGAACUGGACCACUUACGGAAGUGCCUUGCGUUGCCUGCAAUGCAUUGGCCUAGAGGCUACUUCAAGGGUUUCCCGAGGUGACGGUUUCCCUUGCACUAGGCCGAACCUAUAGUAUAGAAAUAUCUAUUUUAUUACCUUGAAUAUUUAAUAUUUUUCACUGGGAGGUUUGACGCUUAAAAAAAAAAAAAGAGAAUGUGCCAUGCAUGAAGCAAAGGAUUCCAGGCUCCAGAAAAAAAGAACGAACUCGCCUUGACUUCAGUGCAGUUGGAUCACCUUUGUAACUCAGCAAGCAACCCGUGUAAGGCGCCCAUAGUUUCUUCCUUUUCAAAGGCGGUUUUUCCCUUUCCCACGUCAUCGUGCUUUAGUCUCAAGAUGAAGGCUCCGUUACCAACACUAAGCUGUGCCCAUCUCCCAGCCCCUGGGUGCGUGAGGCGGAGCGGGCCGCCGGCGUGCGUGUCGUGUGCUGCCAGGCCCUGUGGCCUUAGGAACCCAGGCUGCUCUGGCCGUGGGGUGGCCGGUCUCGCUCCUCCCCAGGAUGGAGAACCACUCCAGCAGAAGAAAGGUGGGGUGCAUUUUAAGUAAAGGGCUUAUUUGUUUCAGUUAUUUUUCCGCAAAGUUUCCCUGAAAGCAACAGGUCCUAGGAGCACACAAAGCAACAGUACUGAAGCCUCACCCAAAGGCUUUUCCCCAGAAAAGCUUACCUAAAGAUAAAGUGAAUCGACAGACUGAAGGUACCUUUUUAUUCCUUCGUGGGGGAAAAUGUCCAGAGCUCUAUGUACAUUUAUCCACACCCACCCUAUUGUUACUGCAGGGGGGGGCGGGCGGGGGUGUUUUCAUACAAAUGUCAAUUUUGAGAGAAAAGUCAAAGGUGCUUCAGCCUUGUACUGUGUAUAUAUAUUAAAAAACAAAGUUUUGUAUGUUUUUAUUACUUUAAUUAUUGUUAUAAAAAGCCUGCCAUUUUUAAUAUGUGGUUUGGGGGGAUUUUUUGUUGUUUUCUUGUUUGGGGGUUUUGUUUUUGUUUUGUUUUUCUGGGCAAAAAAAAAAAAAACCAACCCUUGCUUAUUUAGUGUUUGUACUGCUGCUGGUCAGGACAUUAUUGAAGUGUUUUUAAAAAUUAAAGAAGAAGAAAAGUAAAAAGAGCUUACCACUGGCGCCUACGCGAGCACUUCAUUCUUGAGUUGCACCGGAGUGAGGUAGAAAGCCACGGCUCCUCCUUCCCUCUCCCCCGGGCCCUCCGCGGCUCCCCAGGCCAGCGAGGCGCUGCUGGUCUCCAGCAGGAACCAGGCAGGCGCUGCAUGUGCACCUUCACACGCACACUCGGUGAGAACCUUUGAGGUGGGAGCAGUUUCUGUGACAGGGUGCCAAGGUGUCUCACAGCGGUGUGAGCAGGAGCAAAGCAGAAACUCAGUAGGGGCUUGGUUCAGAUGCAGAGCUUUGUAACAGCCUAAAGGCACAGUGAGCUACGUGCGACAGAACCUCUGCUCGUGGGCUCACUGUGAUGAGCACAGGAGCUGCUGGAAACAGGGAUAAUCAUAUCAGCACAAAGCGCGGGGCCGGGGGAGCCCGCCCUCCUUGCCCUGGUUGCUGGUUCAGGCUGGGUUGCAUCUAGAUCAAAAAGGCAGCUCUUGCCCCAGUGGGCCUAAACCAGAGGCCAAAGCAGCCAGUGGUUGGUGUGCCUGGCGGAGGGGAGAAGACCCACACAUCAGGCCACGCGCCCCUCUGCCCCGGCCUGGGGACGGGCUGGCUGACCUUCAGGACGUGGCUAUGACCAGUGGUCACGCCCUCAGCCCAGACCUUAGCUGUGCAGAACAGCUUGCUGGCAGAUGGCAUGGUGUCACUUUAUCUGUUCCCACGCAGUUUGCUUUGUAUGCCUGCCAAGAAUCUUCCAGUUAUUAGCAAACUCAGACAAAAAGUGCUGCCAGUAUUAUCAGCAGUCAGCAAGUGCUUUCCUCUCUACAGAAACGACUUGAGAACUAAGAGCUGUUCUGGGGGCCUCUUCCCCGGCAGACAUGGAAAGCACCAUGUGCCACAGGUGGGGACAGGUGUUUAGAGGGAGCCCCGCCGCCAACAGGGCAAAACAUCACUGAAUUUCUCUCUUUAAAACCUGCUUGCUGUUUCUAAGGGUUACAUCUUGGCACUUCCCCCCAGUCAUCCUCCUCCAUCAUAGAACACGUCUGGAUGCCUUUGCUCCCGGGCGCUGGUCAAGGGCCUUGGCUAGAAGCAAAGGGAAGAAUAGACCUGAUGGACAUAGCCCCGACCCCUCACUGCCUGGUGGGGGGCGCCCUUGGCUGCUGUGUGUUGGUUGGGGAGGAGUUCGCGGUACACAGGUUAAAAAGGACAGCUAACCAGGGGUGGCAGCUCUGUCCCUGAGCUAGUAUUAACAGCUUUCCCUUCCGAGUGGCACCCCCCGCUGCCCCCACCUACCUGUGAGGAUCUCUGAAUAUUCUAGGGCUCGAGAAGUAAUAGGACAAUCAGAAUAUAAAUACAGACCAGUAAGGCAACAGGAGGAAAGAAAAAGGCAACAGAGGGUCUUGUGAAAACAGAAGUGCGCCUCUCUGGGAGACAGCAUGCCCAAUCAUGCCCCCCACUGAACAGUUUAUAACCUGAAAACUCUGCUUAAGAACAUAGUAGCAUCAGUCUUUUUUCAGUUUAGGCCUAAAAGCUGACAAAUAUGGAAUCCCUAAAGCUUUUUGUUCAGCUAUUUCAUAUUGAGUUUCUUGAAAGACAAAGUUCAGAAAUAUAGCAAAUUUGCUCUAGAACUGAUUCUGGAACUUUUGUGUCAGUAUUUUUGUGACCUGAAGGAGUCUUGCUAAAUUUGAGGGGUACCUGCCAAAGCUGAGUCAUGUGGCUUUGUGCAUUUAAUCAGAUCAGUACAAACUAGAGCUUCCCCCCCACACUUGGCACUGCAGGCCCUGAUUAUUUGAAAAUGGGUCUGUGUUUCACAGAAGCAGGCAAACUGGCAUAAAGUAUCAUCAUCUAUUAUCUCACAUAAGUGACCGAUAGUUUAGUCUAUAUUCUAAAAGAAAUGCAACAACUGGCAGCAUGUAAAGUGCUAAAAAAAGAUUAUACCCUCAGGGAAAUUCAAAGACUAUUAAAAGGAGCCCACAUCUUCAGCAAACUAGCAAAUAAUAACAGGUAAUCUGAGUCUGUGUGUGGGGUGGCAUUCCAUCGAGUAGCUCACGAUGCUGCCCCAUUCUAAAUCUAAGCCACAUAGCCCGUUUCCCUCUGAGCCGCGGUUUGAAAGUGUAGACAGUUCCAGGGACCCACCACCAGAUGGGGAUGGCUAGCACAGGAAGUUGCUCCUUACAGUGUAGAGUAGCCACUUAGCAGCAGCCCCCUACUCUUCUAGUAACCAAGCUAUUGACGUCACUGCUUGCAGUAGCCUGUCCCCAGCUUCCGAUCCAGUGCUGAACUAGGCUCCUUAACUCUGCCUGAGCUGAGGAGGCCCGUGCUACCAGCCCACGGUGCUGCUCUGCUGUGCCUGUGCUAACUGCUAGGACAGCCAACCAGGACUCGGGGGGAGGAGGAACGGUGCCUCGGUCACUCUGGGGGCAGUUUAGAUGCUGUGAAAUUAAACCUGUUCUAAGUGUACUUGUUUGAAUUAACUGUAUUGUAAUAUUAUUUGUUGAAUGUAGUAAUUAGGUAUUUAUGAAUAUAUUGCUGUAAUUUCUGACAACAUCCAGAAAAUAAAAUCUUCCUA